CGUGGUGCCCCCCAGGCCGUGUUCACGGACCUGGAGGUUCUGGCCGCCCUUUUCGCCGCCGCCAUCCACGACGUCGACCACCCCGGGGUGUCCAACCAGUUCCUCAUCAACACCAACUCGGAGCUGGCCCUGCUCUACAACGACGAGUCAGUCCUGGAGAACCAUCACUUGGCCGUGGGCUUCAAACUCCUGCAGGAGAGAGGCUGCGACAUCUUCCAGAACCUGACCCGGCGCCAGCGCCAGGCCCUCAGACAGAUGGUCAUUGACAUGGUCCUGGCCACGGACAUGUCGAAGCACAUGACCCUCCUGGCCGACCUCAAGACCAUGGUGGAGACCAAGAAGGUGACGAGCUCGGGGGUCCUGCUGCUCGACAACUACGCCGACCGCAUCCAGGUGCUGCGGAACAUGGUUCACUGCGCCGACCUGAGCAACCCCACGAAGCCCCUGGCCCUGUACCGCCAGUGGACAGAGAGGAUCAUGGAGGAGUUUUUCCGCCAGGGAGAUCGGGAGAGGGAGAGGGGGAUGGAGAUCAGCCCCAUGUGCGACAAACACAGCGCCUCCGUCGAGAAAUCA